UUUUUUUUUACUUUUUCUUUUCUUUAUCAUUUUAAAACACUUGAUUAUAUUAUAAAACAUGGGCCUCUCUGAUCUCUUUGGCAAGCAACACGAAGAAGUUGAAAGCGCUUCUCAUGAACACAAGGGUUCUCUUACCCACGAAGCCAUUGCUGGUGCUGCCGCUUAUCAAGCUCUCAAGGCUUACAAUGAACACUGUGAACGUGAAGGCAAGCCCGUUGAACACGCCAAGGCCAAGCAACUCCUUGCUGGUUUCGCUGGUGCUGCUCUUGACAAGCUUGUUGAAACCAAGGGUUUGGACUUCGUUGACAAGCAAAAGGCCAAGCGUCACGCUGAAGAACAACUCUCCUCUCACUACGAUUCCGAAUAUCAAUAAAUGUAUUGAUUGGUUAUCACGUUGUACCUUUUUGUAUAUUCCCCUCUCCAAUCCGUUAUUCUCUUAGUUUAGUAAAUAUUGUCACUGUAUAACAAAGAAGAAUAAAUAAAAAAUAAAAAAAAAAUACUCUUUGGAGUUAUUUUUUUUUUGUAUAUUAAUAUUAA